ACGUUGAACACCGCGGCUUUCGUGGCGCUUUUUCAUGUUCUCAGCGAGACAUACAGACAGAAGCAGAAACGAAUUCACAUUGCUGAAGACAAUGCCCUGCUGAUAAGGGCGCUGGCCGCCAGAACGCCCCCGAAGUCCACACGGCUACGAAUAUGGUUUAACAAGUGCCGGCAGCUAGCAGACAAAGUCAGGGUGGCGUCAUGGACCCUGCUGCCCAGAACCGCCAACGCAAGUUCUCGCAGCUUAGCACAGUUGGCGACCGAAACA